AUGACGUCGUCUCCAGAGAGCAAGAGCAGCAGCGGCGGCGCUGCGACGCAGGUAGAGCUGGAGCGCACGCCCCGCGCGCGCUCCAGCGCUUCGUUCUCCAGCAUGGCCUCUGCUGGCUCAGCUUUAGCCGCAUCGGCAGCCCUGUCGUCCGUCGCCCGGCAGCAGCCAAUUACACCACAAGAAUCGUGGUACGGCCGUCCGCGUGCUAGCACCGCCACCGUCGCGCACGGCCUUGAUGCCGCCGCGGCCACCAGCAGCGCCUCGCAGCGCCAGCAGCAGCAGCACACCGCGCGCAGCGGGAGCUUUUGCGUCGCUCUGCCCAACGCGGUGUCUAUGCCUGCGUCCCUCGCGUUGUUCGGGUGUCCGCCUGAUGCCAAAACAGCAGCAACCACAGCGCUAACGCCGCCAGUAGCGCAGACGCGCAAGCGCCGCAGCAAGACGCUCUCUGACGCGCUUGUCGCAUCGCGCCAUGCACGCCGGACAUCGCUUGCGCGCCUGCCACUGUCUUUAUCUCUGUCCUCGUCCCCGCCCCCAUCCGUCGUGCAGUCGCCGCCGCCGCCGCCGCCCGUGUCGCCGCUGCCCGCUGCGCCGCUGCCGUCCAAGCAGCCGGACUCUGCGGCGGCAACCGCGACUGUGAAGGCAGACGCGAAUGCCACAGAGUUCCUCUCGCACGCCUCGCUGCACAUUGCGCUGCUUGCGCGCACCCUCGGCGCCGAGACGGACGCGCAGGCACGUGACGACUGGUCCAGCUUCAUCUCGAACGGCUACAGUUUCUUUUCCCCUUCUGCUCCAGUGAUGUUCGCGGCCGGCGGAGGGAGACGGAGACGGCAGCGCGCCAGCUCGACGAGCAGCGCCGCUGCUGCCUCGCUGUCAUCGUCAUCAUCGAGUAGCAGUAAUAGCAGCAGCGACACAGCGACAAGCUGCGGCACGGCCAAGCUGCACAGCGGCGGCGGCAUGGGUCUGCGUGGCUUUGCGGCGCUCACGAACCCGUCAUCGCUUGCGGGCUUUUCAGCAGCAGCAUCGCCCGGCCCCGAGGACGCACACGACUGUGUGCCUGACAGCUGCUCCCCGCCGCCACCAUCGCAGCAGCAUGGCGUCUUCUCGCUCUACGACGCCCGAAAGAGCCUCGCAUGGCUCAGCGGCGAGCUGGAGAGCGACGGCGACGAUGCUGAUGCCGACGCCACGUACCCGUCCAGCGACGAUCAUGACGAUGACGUCGACGCGUUCUUUGCGCCGCGCCAUGCGCGCGUCCGCCGCACCGUGCCCAGGGCUACGCAGCUGCGCCGCACGACACUGGCGCGCGUCCGCACCGAGGAUGUGCCGGCUCCGGCCCCAGCUUCUUCGCCCGCCGAUGUGGAAUUUGCAGCUGCAGCAACAGCAAGCACCAGUAGGCGCACAUCGAGCGCGACGUGCACGUCUUGCACGCACUCGUCUGCAGCGUCGACGCGUCCGUCGCUGCACUCGCGUUCCUCGCGCCCUUCCACCGCCGGCUCGGCGCGCAGCCUGCAGACCGAGCUCACGGAGCAGGAGGCUGAGGCCGAGGCUUCCGGUGGCACCGGCAGCGAGGAGGGCGAGAUGUACUGCGAUACUCGGACGUACUACUCGCCGGCCCUUGUUUCGCAGGCGCGCUUGCUUGCGUCGACAGCGAAGAACACGUUGGCGGGUGUACCAGAGCGUCAGCGACUGCACCGAGUCUCGAUGGACUCCGACUGCAACCUCGAUGGUGCAGCGCUACAGUGCGCGCACGCAGCGACGAGUGCCGACGUGUGUGCAAGCGUAGCAAACCACGGUUCCUCCAGCCUCCUUGCCGUACCCGCCGACGCAGCGCCCUUUGGGCCGUCGACACCGACGAUCCGCAGGCGCGCCAGCUCACUCGCUAUUCAGGCGCAGCUGGACGAGGACACUGCAGCACCUGCCAGCACGGGCGCGCGCACGAGCACCGUCAGCACUUUUAGCAGCGGCAGCAGCAGCAGCAGUCGCGCGCAUUUACCGUCAGGGCUGCUCGGCUCGUGGCUCGCUUCGAGCAGCACGCCGCGCAGCGCCGGCUCACCCAUCAUUGCGCCCGCACCUGCGCAUGGGCGUCCACGUUCGAGCAGCGCGCGCAGCGCUGCUGAGCAAGGCGCUGCCGCUGCGCGACCUUUUACUGCGUCUACGGCGAAAAUGAACAAGUUUGCUGCCGGCGCUAUCCCGAUUGCCCCGAGCGUCGUGGAUGAGCUUGGCGCUGCUAGUGAUCAAGAGCGCGGGGAUAGCGGAUUUCACGACGUGCAGGGAGAAGCGCAGGGUCAAGGCCUCUUUGGCUCCGAUGGACUUGCGGACAUUGACACCGACAGCGACAGCGACGAGGAGCGGGACGUUGUAUAUGCGCAUGAUCAGGAUGAAGAAGAAGAGGAGGAGGAGGAUGGUCUUCCACCGCGUCCCAAUAGCCGUAGGCAACAUGGGCGCACUGGCAGCCUCGGCUUGAGCUCUGCCGCGCUGCGCCGCCUCGGCAUCUGUGAAGAAGCCCUGUACGAGCUACAACAGCAGCCGGCAUUGUCGUCAUUUCUCCCUGACACCACCAACAAGGCGACUCUGGAGACGACGCUAAGGCGCCAGGGUCGUCAGUCCAAUCCGCCGCUAUCGGUCAGCAGCACCACCUCGCGCGCCAUGGCCGUGAGCGGUUCCAUGCAGGACUUGCGCAUGCUCCGACAGGCCGCCAGCAAGUUGCACGGCAGCAGCGAUGGUGGCGGCAAGGCGCUCGGGAUGGGUGAUGCCACUGACGCAAAUGCCAGUCUCCGCGUGCAAGGCAGCAUCUCCCGCGCUACACAGUCUUUCAUCGAUCUGGACGCCGGCAAGCGCGCUCGGUCUCGCCACUCGCAGUACGAUAACAGCCUGCUGCGAUUGCCUGCGCAUCUGCUCGCGAGCGGGGGCGAGCAGGGCAGCAGCAACAGCAGCCUGUCUCGCUCCAACAGCCAGCGGAAGGACUGUGCGACGUCGUCGAGCACCACGAGCACCGUCCGUCCCAACUUUUGGCGCAAGCUCUCCAACUCCAGCCGCAAGGAGCUGUCGGUCAGCGCGGCCUCGGCCGAGGACGGCGCUGCGCCCAAGGCGAACGUGGGCCCCUCAUCGACAGCUGGCCUUUUGCAAGUGCCCGCGGGAAUGGCGGACAAAGGGGGGUCGUGGAGCUUCAAGAAGAUGCGCAAGGUCACGCUUGCCAGCACCGUUUUCGCAUAA